AUGAAUAUUGUAAGGGCAGGAAGAAAUAUCAUCAUUGAGCCUCUUGUGCAUAUGCACACUUUGGUGUGGCUGCAUGGAUUAGGUGACUCUGCUGAAGGCUUUGUGGAUCUUUUCCAAGAUUUUGAGCUUUUGCCGAAUGCAAAAAUCGUUCUACUUACUGCGCCUGUAAGGCCUGUGACAUGGAACCAAGGUAUGCGAAUGACGAGCUGGUAUGAUAUUGCUGACAUAAAGGAUAGGUCAGUCAAUAGUGAAGCAAUUGACAGUGCAAAUAUCAUUACUUCUGUUAUUGAAGCAGAAAGUAAAAUCUGUAGCUCAAUCAUUCUUGGUGGGUUUUCUCAAGGAGCUGCUAUAGGGGUUUUCCCUAUAUGGCCCGAUAAGGGCCGUGAGUUCUCCGUGGAAUCCCUCUGUUGGCCAAACCAACUCAGUGCGUUGGUUUGACCAAUUCACUGGUUGGUUCAACCAGCAGAGGGAUUUCAUGGAGAACCCACGGCCCUCAUCAGGCUAUAUAGGGAAAACACAUAUAUGUCUUUAUACACAGGACUUGUUCAUUACCCAGGGAGAAUUGAUGCUAUUAUGGCUUUGAGCGGGUAUGCUUUUGACUUUACAGUUCCUGAAGCUAAGAAGCAGGUACCUAUUUUUAUGUAUAAUGGAAAAGCAGAUCCCUUGAUCUUAGAAAUCUAUGCUGCUGAAACUGCGAGGAGAACAUUGGCUGGGUGUAAUUUAACAUAUAACUCUGAAGAUCGCAUGGUUCACACUAUCAGCAUGAGAGAGCUGGAAGUUGCUAAAAGUUGGCUUCAUAGUAUCUUACACCCUAAUUAA